CGACCAGACCAGACUAGACCAGCCCUCGAGUCCUUGGCCUGGGGUGUGCCCUUGAGCGCGCGGCGAUGCGGUCCUUUGCCACUCCCACUCACUCACUCACUGGUGCCAGAGUUCUUUCUUGUGAAGCCGGUAUCAUUCUCCCUUUACUACUUUCACAUUUUUCUCUUUUCUCCGUCUCCAGAUCUGUGCCGUGAUUCUUGCUCGUGGGUGCGAUCCAUGCCUGCCCCGCCCUGAUCUAUCAUUCGGCCCAUGUUUCUUUUGCCGGUUGAUCGUUGAAGGUCGGAGAAUCGAAACAAAGAAACAAAUUAGGGGAGGCACGGAUUGAGGGCGGAAGAGGAGGAAGAGGAAGAGGAAGGAGGGAGGGAGGGAGUGGAGGCAUGCGGAGCGGAGUUGAGCGCUAGCCAUCUCGUCUGUCUGUAUUGGCUUAUUCCGUCGUUGUCGUCGUCGUCAGCUUGGUUGGUGGCUGGGUCUUCUUCCUGGUUGAGCAACUCUGCGUUAUCCAUCGGGUAGUGCGAAGGCCGACGCUCGAGCAUCUGUCGAGUCUUUCUUUGGCGGUGCGGUUGACUAGUGAGGGAGAGACAGAGGAGGGACGAAGUCAGAGGCAGAGGCUUUGCCGACGAAGAGUUUUCUGCGGACUUGUUUUUGGGGCUACAGUGUCCUGUAAUCAGCAUCAAGGAGAGCAAGGGGAAGGUUCAUGCCGCCUUGUCCGAGGACUGUCUGAGGCCGUUAGGUCGGUUGGCUUGAAGCUUUGCUUCUCCUCCAUGAGUAUUGCCUCGGUUUUCAUCGACAACGGUGACUUUCCUGUUUGAUUUUGUCAGAUACCUCGAUAGAGGUCGAUGCCUGAAGGAAUGCAGCUGCCGUCGAGUUGCAUAACCAUGUGAAAGAGAUUACUAUAGAGGCGGGAAGAGCUGAUCUGCGGCAACCUAGUAAUGGGAAUACUGCCCUGUGCAUGUGAAAUUCUGUACGAGUGUCUUAGAGGCGGCGAGGCAAGUGUUCAACUCCGACGAGAUCGGCAGCCGCAUUUGUCAUCGGAAGGCUCUCUUGCGGUGGUAGAUAUAUAGGUGAAGCCUAUCCACACUUGCUGCUUUUCUGAUCGUGAAGAGUUGGAUACCAAGGGUUUCAUGCUCUAAGCGCACGGCCAUGGAAUAUGGUGCGAGCAGUAGUCGAGGUCUUGGGGAUAUGCUGGAGAGUGUCAAGCGUCUGUGCUCGUUAGAUUCCGACCUCGGGGAGGAAUUUGGAGUCCUCCCUGGGUGUGAGUCGGAAGAGCAGGUUGAAGACAACAACUAUUUGGAUCCAAACCUGUGGAAGAACCUUCCUGAUGAUCUUCAUGCAUGGGUGCUCCAAAAACUGCCGUUGGAAAGCCUUGUAAAGUUUCGCAUGGUUUGUAAGAAGUGGAAUGCUUCCAUUCUAUCGGUCGAUUUUAUUCCUCCACCGAAUUUGGCUCGGAAGUGUGUGCCCAUUUACUUCCAUGAUGAGGUGCCCUCCACGGUCUACAAUCGAAGGAGAAACUCGUGGCAGCAGUUGUCUUUCUCCUUCUUGGAAACUCCCAGCACCUUUUUGUCCCUCCUUGUAUCAGCUGGAGGAUUGCUCUGCUUUAAGACUGGCAUAGCCGGCGAGUUGAUAGUUUGCAACCCGAUCACCAAGCAGUCCCGACGACUACAGGUGCCCUGCAGAAUUCGCCAUGACGCUAUCACUCAAAUUGCCGGAGAGAGUGAAGUGGUUAUUUAUGAAAGUGCUCAUUCCACCCGGAACCUAAAAGUGUAUCAUCUGUCUACCGGUUCUUUUGACAAGGAAGUCGUCGUGGGAAUGGUUGUGGAGCAUGGAAACAGCUAUGGAAGUGGCUACAAGCUGGUUGUUGCCGGAGUGACGCUUUCUGACAACUCUUCUGAGAGAACAACGCUGGUCUAUGACUCAGUCACUAACUCCUGGAAGAAAGGGGGUGAAGUUCCCAGAGGAGUGCGGUUUUGGAGAUCUGGGAAACCAGUCUCCAGCAAAGGAUACCUGUACUGCAUUACAUACAAUGAGCAGGUUUGGAGAGAGAGAAUGGACCAGGAGCGGCCGUGGAGUGUGCUUAGAUAUGAUUUGGAACAUGAGAAGUGGAGUGAGGUGAAAAUACCCAGGAGGAAUUCUAUCCUCCAUCAGCUAGUUGAGCACCAGGGGCGGAUAUUAGUAGUACAGAGACGGCCUAUCGACCAGACUCAGAUGUUCACCUCUGAACUCAAAGAAGAUGGCGAAGUGCGACCCUACAAAAUGGCAAAAAUGCCCGUUGAACUUUUUCCAGAUGCUGUCAAAAGAGAUUUAGUACUUGGAGAUUGGUGUGUGGGCCAGGGCGAUCGGGUAUACAUUGCAGGUGUAUAUCCCGAAAAUAGUUGGCUGGAUUCCAUCGAAACCAGCUGCUAUCGACCAAUCUAUGUGGACAGAAGCCUUGGAUUUGGCGUCCUAACUCAUAAUCCUACUGACAAUACCUGGACUCAGCUUCCAGACCUAUGUGGUAGAUACUACCCUGAAGGUCUCUACGCUUUUGAGCCAUCGCUGGCUCGAGUGUAGACGUGAUGUUUCUUACGAGGAAGUUACAUUUCGUAAGUUGGCCACCUUGUCGAUGAUUCUGUUGUUGAUGCAUGGGAGGCAAAUCAUGAGAAUUGGCCUGCACUGUCCAUCUGCUGAGAGUGGGAUAGACGACUCAGAGUAGGUAUAAUAGACGGUUGUUCCUCUGUGAAAGACCCAAGUCAGUCCAGGUAAGAGAUACUGUGUUUCUAUCAUCAACUCAAAUCCUUUUUUCCUGUUAGUGUAUAGGGAGGCAUGUUCAAUCUUUUGGGUUAUACCCCUUUAGAGUCACUGUAAAAUGUAAAUCUGUAGAAGAGGGGUUCUGGGGAAGAAGAGGUAGCAAUUUUCUGGAGAAGAGGUGGAAAAUUUUUUGCAGUUUGUGUGCCUGGAGAGUAACUUUGAUUUCAGGGACAUGUGGCUACCUUUCAAGCUGUUGUUAGAGUCUACUCUACUCGCGAGUGGAGAGGCCAUCGGAAAUAAAAGCGUUCUAGAGUGUUAUGUUUGUCCUAAGUUGUAUGGCAUUGGAACUCUGUGGUAUUUGAAAUCGUUUUCUGGAUUUCUGGCAAGAACUGUGAGGCGGAAGGGUAUGAUGAUUAAGUUUAAGAAAUUCCACAAGACCCGCGGUUUUGUAUGGUAGAAUAGUAAAGUAGCCUGCGAUUUGUCACUAGGAUGUCAAUUACACAAGUGUACAUAUGUUUACAUCGUUAGCAGUUGCUGAGUAUCUUUAAACCUGCUGUUAGUAGAUGGAGAGAAUGCUACACAUUUUUGCUCUUACGGGGAGGAUUUAGGACAAAUGCUUUAGGUAGCACUUUUUACACAAAGACCC